CUCCAGCCUUCCAACAUGAUGGGUGAAGAUGAAGAGAUCACAGCCUUGGUGUGCGACAAUGGCUCUGGUUUGGUGAAGGGGGGCUUUGCUGGCGAUGAUGCCCCCCGGGCGGUCUUCCCUUCCAUUGUCGGACGCCCAAGACACCAGGGUGUCAUGGUAGGGAUGGGCCAAAAGGAUUCCUACGUGGGAGACGAAGCGCAGGGAAAGAGAGGCAUCUUAACCUUGAAGUAUCCCAUUGAGCAUGGUAUCAUCACUAACUGGGAUGACAUGGAAAAGAUCUGGCACCACACCUUCUAUAACGAGCUGCGUGUGGCCCCCGAGGAGCACCCCACCCUGCUGACCGAGGCUCCCCUCAACCCCAAAGCCAACCGGGAGAGGAUGACCCAGAUCAUGUUCGAAACCUUCAACGUGCCCGCCAUGUAUGUGGCCAUCCAGGCGGUGCUCUCCCUGUACGCCUCUGGCCGAACCACCGGGAUGGUGCUGGACUCUGGAGAUGGUGUCACCCAUAAUGUCCCCAUCUACGAAGGCUACGCCUUGCCUCAUGCCAUCCAGCGCUUGGAUCUGGCUGGCCGUGACCUCACAGACUACCUGAUGAAGAUCCUAACCGAACGCGGCUACUCCUUCGUCACCACAGCUGAGCGGGAGAUUGUGCGGGACAUCAAGGAGAAGCUGGGCUACGUGGCUUUGGACUUUGAGAAUGAGAUGGCCACGGCUGCUUCCUCGUCCUCAGUAGAGAAGAGCUACGAACUCCCUGAUGGACAGGUGAUCACCAUUGGCAACGAACGGUUCCGGUGUCCAGAGACCCUCUUCCAACCCUCUUUCAUUGGCAUGGAGUCGGCAGGCAUUCAUGAAACAACCUAUAACUCCAUCAUGAAGUGUGACAUCGACAUCCGUAAGGACCUGUAUGCCAACAACGUCCUCUCCGGUGGCACUACCAUGUACCCAGGCAUUGCUGAUCGCAUGCAGAAAGAAAUUACUGCCUUGGCUCCCAGCACCAUGAAGAUCAAGAUCAUUGCUCCGCCGGAGCGGAAAUACUCUGUGUGGAUCGGUGGAUCCAUCUUGGCUUCCCUUUCUACCUUCCAGCAGAUGUGGAUCAGCAAGCAAGAAUAUGACGAAGCAGGACCGUCUAUUGUCCACAGGAAGUGUUUCUAA